AAAAAAAUCACGGAGAAGAUUUUUUUAUCUUAAUCUCUAAGUUUGAAAUAGGCGAGACAUCUCCGUAUUUGUUAAAAGCCGAUAUUUUCGCUUUGUGUCCGAUCUACAUUUCCGUAUCUGAAAGCUAGGGUUUCUCAAUUCUCCUCCUAGAUUGCACACAAUCCACAACUACUUCCCGUUUUGAUCUCAACAUCGGAGGGUUUGACCUUUGAAUUAUAGAUAACAAUAUUCUCAUUUUGUGGCGGUAAGAGGAAUUUGGAUCAGAGUCUUAUUUGUUGGGGGUUACUGUCUCGGUUGUGAUUCUGGAUUAGGAAUUUGAGUUGGGUUUGUCAGCUAUUGUUGAAAGGGAGGGGUCAAAAUUUCAAUAUGAGAACUUCUUGGGCGGAUUCUGUUACUGCUGCUGAGACUGUAGUUUCUGGCAGUAAUAAUAAUGUGAGUGGUGGAGCUUCACGUCCCACCAAAUCUGCUUAUGUUCCUCCGCAUCUUCGUAACAGGCCUGUAUCGGAGACACCAGCUCCAUCAUCUAGUGGUCCAACAUUAGGUAAUGGUAGGAUGCACAGGGGAGAUUCUAGGUCUGACUACGGGUACCAAGGUUAUACUGGUGGUGGUCGGGUUGGUGGUGGCGGCAGUGGUUGGAGUGGCAGAGGUGGGGGGUGGGACCGCGGGAGGGGCCGAGAGGUAAACCCCUUCGGUAAUGAUGAUGUUGAUGGUGAUGCAGAGCCUUCAUUUGGUGAGCAGGAAAAUACUGGUAUAAACUUUGAUGCUUAUGAGGAUAUUCCAGUUGAGACAAGUGGAGAUAGUGUGCCACCUCCCGUGAAUACAUUUGCUGAGAUAGACUUGGGGGAGGAACUGAAUCGAAACAUUCGGAGGUGCAAGUAUGUCAAGCCGACUCCCAUUCAGCGUCAUGCGAUCCCCAUUUCUCUCGGGGGUCGGGAUUUAAUGGCCUGUGCUCAGACCGGGUCUGGCAAGACAGCCGCUUUUUGCUUUCCAAUUAUUAGUGGAAUUAUGAGGGGGCAGUUUGCAAGACCACGUGGAUUACGGACUGUGUACCCACUUGCUCUUAUUCUCUCUCCUACAAGAGAGCUCUCGUGUCAGAUACACGAGGAAGCUAGAAAGUUUUCCUAUCAAACUGGUGUCAAGGUGGUAGUUGUUUAUGGAGGAGCACCAAUCAACCAACAGUUGCGAGAGCUUGAGAGAGGAGUUGAUAUUCUCGUGGCAACUCCUGGACGAUUAGUUGAUUUGCUUGAGAGAUCGAGAGUGUCGUUGGAGAUGGUAAGAUACUUGGCUCUUGAUGAAGCAGAUCGAAUGCUGGAUAUGGGAUUUGAGCCUCAAAUCAGGAAGAUAGUGGAACAAAUGGACAUGCCUCCCCGAGGCGUGAGACAAACAAUGCUGUUUAGUGCUACUUUUCCAAAAGAGAUUCAGAGACUAGCAUCUGAUUUUCUUUCAAACUACAUUUUUUUGGCCGUCGGAAGGGUUGGUUCAAGUACUGAUUUGAUUGCUCAAAGAGUUGAAUUUGUUCAAGAGACUGACAAGAGAAGCCACCUUAUGGACCUUCUUCAUGCACAGAGAGCUAACGGAAAUCAUGGCAAGCAAUCUCUGACUUUAGUAUUUGUGGAGACGAAAAAGGGUGCUGACUCAUUGGAACAUUGGUUGUGCAUUAAUGGGUUUCCUGCAACUACAAUACAUGGUGAUAGAACACAGCAGGAAAGAGAACAAGCAUUAAGAUCAUUCAAGAGUGGAAAUACGCCGAUUUUAGUGGCAACAGAUGUGGCAGCACGUGGUCUCGAUAUCCCUCAUGUUGCUCAUGUGGUCAAUUUUGACCUCCCUAACGAUAUUGAUGAUUAUGUACACCGGAUAGGACGAACGGGACGAGCUGGCAAGACAGGAUUGGCGACAGCUUUCUUCAAUGAGAACAAUUUAUCUAUGGCAAAGCCUCUAGCUGAUCUGAUGCUAGAAUCUAAUCAGGAAGUACCUGCUUGGCUCACUCGUUAUGCAAGUCGUUCAUAUGGAGGGGGUAAAAGUAAGCGCUCUGGGGGAGGACGUUUUGGUGGUCGUGACUUUAGAAGGGAUAGCUCUUUUAAUAGGAAUGGGGGUGUCACAGAUUAUUAUGGUGGUAGUAACAGUGGUGGUGGAUAUGGGGUUCCUGGCAGUUACGGUAGUGGAUAUGGUUCUGGAGUAACCAGUGCGUGGGAUUAGUGUCCACAGUGCACUGGAUUUAUUUUCUUGUAGUAUAUAUAUUAUUUUUGUCAAAAUUUAAGGAUUAUUAUUAUUAUGUGUUACCUUUUUUCCCAAAUGUAGUUGAGUUCCGUUUGCCUUGAAUGUAUGAAAAGCUUUCUCGAGUA